AUGGGAACCAACUGGUCGCAGUUUUUCCCACCUGCGCCCUCUUUGACUGAAGCUAACUUGCCUAGCCAAAGAGGCAAGGUUUUCAUCGUCACUGGAGGGUACUCUGGUGUCGGUCUAGAGCUGUGCAAAAUCCUUUAUCAGGCUGGAGGCAAGGUGUACAUCGCAGGGCGCUCAGAAGAGAGUGCCUCUCAAGCCAUUGCUAAGAUCAAAUCUUCAAGCCGUUCAUCAGAUGGAACUCUUGUUUUCCUUCCUCUCCAUCUCGACGAUCUAGCAAGUAUCAAGGCAGCAGUAGAGACUUACAAUGCUGCAGAAUCCAGGCUAGAUGUCCUCUUCAACAACGCUGGUGUUUCAAACCCACCACCUGGCUCUGUCUCGACACAGGGCCAUGAUCUCCAGCUUGCAACUAAUUGUCUCGGCCCCCAUCUUCUGACAACUCUACUUCUCCCGAUCCUCCGGCGCACCUCUAUGAGUGAAUCGCCCGCUUCUGUACGCGUUGUAUGGACAGCCUCCAUGGUUGUUGACAUGGCUGCUGCUGAAGGGGGUGAUAUCCUGCAGGGUAUUUUACAAAAAUCCACAACCCCACAGCGCGCCUACGAAGGUACCAAAGUAGGCAACUGGUACCUCGCCCAUGCAUUGGAUGUCCAAGAAAGACACAGCGGGAUUUUGAGUGUGGUUGUGAACCCAGGAAAUCUCAAGUCGAACUUGACCCGUCAUAUGUCCUGGCUGGUGCCUUACGUAGUAGCACCCCUACUUUACCCGGCUAGGAUGGGUGCAUACACGGAGCUCUGGGCAGGCCUUUCAAAUGAGCUUACGAUAUCUGACGGAGGGAAAUAUAUAUUGCCCUGGGGGCGUUUGCAUCCCAGUCCAAGGCAGGAUUUGUUACGGGCGAUGAAGAGCAAGGAUGAGGGUGGUACGGAUGUUGCCGCUGUCUUCGUUAAAUACUGUGAAGAUCAGGUCUCGGAGUUUAGGUAG